AUGUGUAAAAAGGGAUUAAUGAUAGAUGUAAAGGGAGAUAUGGUUAAUAGUUCACAUAAAUAUUUCAUGGAAACUCGAGACCAUCGGUUGUUAAAGACAUGGCUACGUCGAUGCCCAAAAAGAAGUGGUUACGUCUAUAGUGAAACGAUUCAGAGUUGUUAUAAGAUUCAUGGUAAAGAUACUGCAUUGCAGUCUGCAGAGUAUGAUUCAAAAUGUGGUCUCGAAGGAGCGGAACUGAUGAGAAUAGAUUCUGAAGAGAAACAGCUUUUUAUUGUUACAUUUCUUGAUUAUCUUGAUGUUACCAGUUGGAUAAUGUUUCAAGGAUCACAUCUAAUCGCAGAAGAGCAUUGGCGAUACAGUGAUGGAUCAAUCAUUACUUACUUCAAUUGGCAUUCAACACAACCUGAUUCAAGUGGUAACCCAGGUCAGACUGAAGUGAUUGGUAUGAAAAAGUUUGAUGGUUAUAAAUGGCAUGACCUAUGGUUGAAUUAUAAAGGCGCAUUUUUAUGCGAAAAAAGAAUUUUUGAUUGACCGAAUAUUUCUAUUUAAAAUUUUCGAAAACAAACAAUACAUGAUUUUAGAAAUAUCCUCUUAUUGUGACAACAUUGGAAAUUGUUUUGA